AUGGCGUCACUCGGUCCGUUGGGCAUCGUCGGUCAGCUAUUUCUCGAUUCCUUUGUCGAGCACGAAAGACACCGCUUCAACGAUUUGAAUCAACCUGAAAAUCAGGACAAACGGUUUGAGCCUGAGUUUUUGCUGGAAGAUCGUCAUUUCUCGUCCACCCGCAGCACUGCAAGGAUGCCUCUACCUGCCGUAUACGGCGCCGUGUACGCGACCGCCACCAGCUCCGCGCCGGCGGGUAAGAUCGACAGUGGCAAGAAAGCCAUGCGUCACCUGGAGAACCUGCCGCUGCUCGUAGCCUCCGACUCGCUCGAGUCCAUGUCAACGGACGGCAAGUGGCUCCCGCGCUUUAUGCGCCGCGCAGUGGUGCGCAGCGUGGCCAAUCGCAUAGCCGGACUCAUCCUGGUGGGGACGUCGGCCUUCCUCGCUAGCUGCAUCGCCACGCUGGUCAAGGACGACGCCUUCAAGCUCUCGACCGUGGAGACGCUCUUCUGGCGUUCGCUCGUGUCGUGGCUGCUAACCCUCGCUGCCAUCGCCGCUACCGGCGUUAAGAUGCGCGUCAAGAAGGAGUUCCAACGCCCGCUUCUACUCCGAUGUUUCACGGGCUGCAUCGCCUUGACACUGACAGUUCUGGUUAUCCAGAAGCUGGAGGUGUCAAACGCCACAGCAAUCACAUACCUGAGCCCGCUCCUAGCGUUCGCAAUGGCAGCUUUCUUUCUGAAGGAGAAGCCGGGGGCCUUCACACUUGCGUGCUCUGCACUAUGCGUCGUUGGUGCUGUGCAGGUUGUGCGGCCAGCUUUUGUCUUCGGGAAGAACGGAUCGACGGACGCCAAGUGGUACCGCCGCUCCAUGACAAGCUUCGUGACCUCAUACCUGUUCGGCGAGUCACUGGCUAUCGGGUGUGCUGUGGUGACUGUGGUCAUGCAGGCAGGCGCCUAUGUGUCUCUGCGCAGCCUUCAGAAGGUGCCGCACCUUGUCGUCAUGAACUACUUUUUGCUGACCAUGACGCUCGUGUCGCUCAUCGCGAUACUAGUGGUGCAGCACGGCAAGUUCAAGGCAGGAUUGUCGGUGGAGACGUGGGGCGCCAUCCUGGGCACAGGCGCUCUGGCCUUCGCAGAGCAGCUCUUCCUCACGCGCGGGUUCCAGUUCGACGGCGCAGGGGUGCUGGCAGCCACGCGACUGCUGCACGUCGGCUACGAAUUUGUGUGGGGAGUUGCCCUCUUGGGUACUGCGCUGAACCCGUGGAGUGCCAGCGGUGCAGCCGCCACAGCUGCCGGAGUGCUCUUCCUCGCGCUGCGCAGAGUGCACACGCAUUGGGCGGCCAGACGCAGCAUGCGCAGAAUGCUGCAAUAG